AUGUACACCUGCGAAUGCUGCAUCAGCUCCGGGGACGUGCACUACUGUUCCCCCGCGCACGCGCGGCAGGAUGCUUUCCUAGCGCUAACGGGGAAUCAGCACACCUUCUACCGUGCCUAUUGGAGGCGAUUUGAUCCGCACGCGCCCCGCCCGGGGGUGAGGGUGCAGGGGAGGGGCAAGCCGUUGCCCUCGCCUCCUAGACCCGCAAGGGAAGAGAGGGAAUGUGUGCGAUACCCUGUCCUGCCCCCUUGUCAAGAGCACCAGGGAGCGUCACCGACAAGGCCAGUGCUGCAACGGUUCCCGGACUAUGUGAAAGCCCUACCCGAGCCGCCUAGCACGUGGAGUCUCACUACUAGGGCUACGACUCCUGCCUCUCGGUUACCGACGGUUCUUGCUGAGUCGCACAAAUUCGCACUCCCGCCAUCCCGCCUGCGGAAAAGGCAGUCCGACCCCCAGAGCUUGUGUACGACCCCGGAUCUUGAUCAGGCCCGAUGGUCGCUCUCAAGCAGCGAGGGCGAGGAUGUGGGCGAUAAUGGGGAAAACGAGGGGUGUGCGGACGUGGACUUGGAUGUGGAGUCGCCGAAUAGCGAGACGCUGCUGAAGGUCGAGAGCUGGCUCGAGGAAGCGGGAGAAAAACUCUCGAAGCUGCAGCUCCGCCUGCGGGCGGAAGGUGCACACCCUCUCUCCCCUACCGUCCAUCUGGGCCAACUCGACCCUCCCGCGCUGGAGGAAACACCCCCCCUCCCGCCGAAAGCGAAACUCCUACAUCGAGAAUGCUCGAUCCACCUCUCCACGCCCAGGAUGAGCACGGCCACGGCCCGAGAGAAGGUGUACGACGACCUGCGCACGCACUCUAUCUUCCGCGCAUACUUCCAGGAUCUUCCACCCAGGAAGAAGACGAACAGGGCGGAGGGGGAUGUCCCCCCUGUACCGGAGAUCCCAGAACGGUUUAGACCUAAGCCUGCCGCUGCUCCGAUUUUGCAGCCCGUGCCUGGGAGGACGACCCGCCCUCUGCAAAUCCAGAAGCACGCCGUACCCUGCCCUCCUCCUCUUCCUCCCAAGCCUACCCCAGACACUCCAGAGCUCGAAAUUAUGACCCCGCAAGAGUACAGGGAGAGCCUCGCUGCUGAGAGCGGGUGGUGGGAGCCUGCGGGGAAGGGAGUGCCAGCUGUGGGGGGGAUGCGGUUCUUGGAAGAAGAUCCGUAUCCUUCUCGUAUCUGGGCUUGAGGGAUGCAGAAUAUUUGUAUUGGACUUGUUUAUUGGACUUAUGGUAAAAUAGAGCUGUGUAAUUCUUCUUUCAUGUAGAUUUACCACUUGCGUAAUGUAUCGGUAUUAGACUGGG